AUCCAAAACGAGGCUGCCAGCGCAAAAUUCAAAACAAAUAUGUCGCUGAGCAGGUGCCCCUGAUCCAAGCACUGUGGUAAAUAGAACUAAAUUACAAACCAUGCCGAAUACUUUUUAAAAGAUUGAACUGAACAGAAACGGGUCAGAGAAAAAAGAAGAACUUUCAAAAUAUACAUUUUUACCUGACAAAAUGGACCAGAGAAAGGAAAAGGCUCUCAUCAACUGGGUGAAUGCUCUGCUUCCCGAAAUAAACAUAUCUCGAUUGUUAGACCUAGCAGAUGGACAUGCGUUUAUCAGUCUGAUGAAACUGAGUGAGAAAUGUGAGACUGUUGCCUCAACAACAGAGUGCUACAUUAAAAUUCGGGAAUAUAUAGAAGAACACUACUUUACCAAACUGGAGUUAGAUUCAUCUGUCAUCAAUAUACCAUUGAUUGUGAAUGGUUCAUCACCAAGUAAUUCUCAACUAGUAGAAUGGGAGUUAGCCAAGAUUUUGUAUGCUUUACUUGGGGCAUUUGUACAAGACAAGAUGAAACAGACCUUUGUUGAUGCUGCCCUGACCUUGUCUCAAGAAGAACAAAUGGACAUUAUGCAACUCCUGGAACCUAUGGUCACAUCUCAAGAUCUGACCACUCGUCUCCCAGCAGACUUUGCAGAUAUCUUAAAAAAGAAGAGAGAAUAUGAGUCAACUUUUCACAAAGAUGCUGAUCUUUUCUUCAAACUAGUUACCCAGGGCAAAGGCAUAGUAACAUCAACGCCGACGGUUGACCAAUCUUUCAACUUCCCAACUGUUUGUAAUGGUACACCUCUGACACCAGUUCCUUCCCUCCUGUCUUGCACAGCAAGGGGUAGUGGUCCCCAUGAAAUCAGCUCCCCAAUGCGGAUGUUGACUCUAGCUUCUCCAAGCCCUCUCACUCCUCUCUCGGCUCUCAUGCAGUCACCUCAAGUGGCACAGAAGAUGUUGUUGAGACAAAAGGAGAAAGAGAUCAGGAAACUGGAGAUGGUUGUGGCAAGUGAGAGACACUUCAAGGAUAAUCUGGAGCUGGACAUCAGAGAAAAAUGUGAACAGCUUGGUCAGAGAGAAAGGCGAAUCCUUGAGUUGGAAGCAUCACUAAAAGGCCAGAGAAAUAUCGCAGAUGUGUACGAUGAACUGGAGUUAGUGAAACAGGAACGAGACCACCUUCAGAAGGAAAUCAACAGUGCACAAUUAAGAUGUACCGAGUUACAGGACGUUAAAGAUCACUGCAAGUUCCUAGAGAGGGAGAACAAUGAGAAGAUUACAGAAAUAAAAUCCUUGUCAAGUCAGCUAUUGGCCUUAGAAUCUUUGAAAAAGAGCCACGAGGAAUACCGCAAUAAGUGUCACCACCAGAAGCUGCAGAUAGCUGAGAUAGAGUCUGUACUUGAACAUUGUAAGUCUGAAUCUAAACAAGCCAAGCAAAAAGUGAUGGAGCUGGAGGAAUCUCGCGUCUCUUUACGACAACAGUUGGAUGAGAUAAAAGCAGAGAAAACAGAAAUGGAGGAAAUGAUGGCGAUCACAGCCAUAGACUGCCACAACAAAAACGGUGAGAGUAUGGGAAUGAUCAUGGAGACACGCAUCAAGGAGUUGGAGGAGCAGCUUAAUGAGCUGAGGGAAUCCUGGAUUGACCCUGAGGCACAUAGACGUCUGGAGAAGGAACUAGCCAAUGUUGAAGAAACAAAGAGAAUAUUUGAGACCAAGUUCAUGGAGACCCAUCAGAACCUCUUGAAGAAGGAUGAUGCAAUUGAGCAAGUACAACAGGCUCUAGUGUCCAGCGAAAAAAAUGCAGAGAAACUGGAGAUAAAUCUGUCAGAAAUGACAACCCAGCUGGCUGCCCUUCAGACUGAAGGUGAAAUUCUGAGGUCAAGGGAAUCUGAGCUUACUUCACUACUACAGACAGCCAGCUCAGAGAAGCAGGCAGCAGAGGAAGAUGUCGUUGGUCUACAGACAAAACUCUCGUAUGCUCAAACAGAGAUUCAGCUGUUGACUAUGGAGGCUGAGGGACAAAAACUUGCCACAGAAGAGAGACGUCAGACUAUGGUUGCAUCGGUGGACCUGGCAAAAUCUGAGCAGAAAUCUAUAGAACAAAAAUUAGUUCUGGAGCAGGCCUCCUGGAAGACAAAAUUGGACUCUCUUAACUCACAACUGCAGCAGCAGAGGGAUGAUGCAAUAAAGGUGGAGGAUGAUCUCAAGUCCAAGCUGAAGGCCAGUCAGAGCAGCUUCAAACAACAGGAAAUACGCAUGGAGAAUGAGAUGUGGGUCAAGGAUAACUGUGUCAAAUGUCUGAAGGAAGAGAUGACCAGUCUGAAGGAAGAAAUCUGUGAAACAGAAACCAGGCUUCGAGAGGAGGUCAGCACUCUUAAGGAAAUCAAGGUCACACUAGAAGGUCAGCUUAACCAGAAAGCAACAAUUCAUCAAAGUGAAGUUGAACAGCUAAAGGCUGAACUAACCAGUAACAAAGAGAGGACAAGAUCAGAAGAAGAGCAGUUGAAAGACGCCAUUACAGAACUCCAAAGUCAAUGUGAGGAGUAUAAGAAUGAGAUGGAUAGGAACAAGAUUGAAUGUGACAGUAAAGUGCAGGGGCUGGAGGCUACAGCAAAGAGACAGCAAACCAAGUGGUCAGAAAAGGAGACUGGUUUGAAGGAACAGGUAGCAGAUCAGGAGAAGCUUUGUGCAGAUCUCACUCAAUCCCUUCAGAAGACAGAGACCGAAGUUACAACCUUGAAGGAGAACUUGAUUCAGGAGACAGCAACCAGAUCAGAUCUGGAACGACAUCUGAAGUGCAUAGAAAAGGAUCUAGGGAAGGAAAAACAACUAAGUUGCACUCUCAAGAAAGACAUAGAGGUCCAACAAUCUGAGAUAUCGGAUCUGAAGGCCUCUUUGUCACAGUCCAGUGGUGAACUGUCUCAUCUCACAGAGUGUUUAGAUCAACAACACAUGCAGCUUUCAAAAAUGUCGGAGACCAAGGUAUGCUUAGAAAAAAAGAUCAGAGACACCGAGACUGAGUUGAAGAACAGUCAGAAGGCAAGUGCAAAUAAGAUUCAAUGUCUCACUGAGGAGCUACAAAAUCUUCAAAAAGAAUCAACAGAGAAAGAAACAACCCUGAAAAAGGAUCUUUCCAAGUCUCAAAAGGAGUGCGAGGGAGUUCUCAAACAACUGGAACAGCUUAAGGAACAGUUUCAGGUCAGUGUGCAUAAGGGUACAAGUCUGGACAGCCGACUUAGCGACCUGACACGGCAGAUUCAGACGAGGAACGAUGAAAAUGGGGUCCUUACAAAAGAGGUGUCCCAUUUACAGGAACAGGUUGAGGAACUCACUGGCCAAGUAGUCCUUGUCACAAAGGUGGCCGAAACAAAACAAGUCAGUAAUGAUGAGUUGACCCAAGAAAACAGAAACCUGUUAGAUGAAGUGCAACAGCUGUCGACCAAGAUCAACGAAGCAGUAGAAGACAAGGAGAUGAUAUCUCAGGAAAAAUCUGACACAAUUUCAUUGUUAGAGGCUUCUCUCUUAGAAAAGGACAAUGAUGUAUCAAACCUGAAAAAAAUCAAUUCUGAACUGAAAAGUCAAGUGUCAGAAUUGGAUCAGAAGGCCAGUAAACUAGAAUUGAUUACAAGAGACAAAGAUAUGGAGAUCUCAUCUUGGAGUGAUUGUAUUUCUGAACGUGAUGUUGUGAUCUCAAAUCUGACUGGAGAUAAACAAGAUCUGACUUUACGAGUUGAUGCACUUUCAUCAGAAAAAGAGUUGCUUCAGGAAUCAUGCAAGGAGAACUGUGAAAAGAUUUCUUGUCUUGACAAACAGCUGUCCGAUCUGAACACAAAGACAUGCUUACUGGAAGAAGCGCUGGAUGUCAAAAAUGAUGAGAUUUCUUCUCUUGAAUCGCUUGUAUUGCAGCGUACACAGGAAAACAAAUCAAUUCAAAAACUGAAUGAUGUCAACCGUGAUGAGAUCUGUUCUCUGAAUACAAAAGUGACAGAAAAAACACAAGACAUUGAGAAGCUACAGGUGAAAUGUGAAAAGUUAAUGUCUGACAUUCAAGUUCAAGAGCAGGAACGGAACACAGCACUGAGUGACAAUAGUGAUUUGACAGAAAAGUUGGAGUUGGUGACUGCAAAGUAUGAGACUUCAAUCGGUGAACUAAGAUCAAAACUGGAGAAAACAUUGAGUGACAAUGAAGAUUUGACUGAAAAGUUGGCAUCCUUGGCAACAAAGUACGAAAUUUCAGUCGGUGACCUCAGAUCUGUGCAGGAGAAGGCAUCAAGUGAUAAUGAUGAUUGGGUUGGGAAAUGUGAGACUGUGAAUGCCAAGUAUGAAAGUUCAAUCAGUGAGUUCAGAUGUAAAUUGGAAAAAGCCUCGAGUGACAAUCAUGCUUUGGCAGAAAAAUUAGAGUCUGUGACAGCCAAGUAUGAAACUUCAUUGAAUGAACUUGUAUCGGAGAAGGAGAAAGCUUUGAGUGACAAUGAUGUUUUGUCCGAAAAGUUAGAGUCUGUGACAGCCAGGUAUGAAACUUCAUUGAAUGAACUUGUAUCGGAGAAGGAGAAAGCUUUGAGUGACAAUGAUGUUUUGUCCGAAAAGUUAGAGUCUGUGACAGCCAGGUAUGAAACGUCAUUUAAUGAACUUUUAUCAGAGAAGGAGAAAGCUUUGAGUGACAACGAUGUUUUGUCCGAAAAGUUAGAGUCUGUGACAGCCAGGUAUGAAACUUCAUUGAAUGAACUUUUAUCAGAGAAGGAGAAAGCUUGGAGUGACAAUGAUGUUUUGUCCGAAACGUUAGAGUCUGUGACAGCCAGGUAUGAAACUUCAUUGAAUGAACUUGUAUCAGAGAAGGAGAAAGCUUUGAGUGACAAUGAUGCUUUGUCCGAAAAGUUAGAGUCUGUGACAGCCAGGUAUGAAACGUCAUUGAAUGAACUUAUAUCAGAGAAGGAGAAAGCUUCGAAUGACAAUGAUAUUUUGGCCAAAAAAUUAGAGUCUGUGACAGCCAGGUAUGAAAGUUCAGUCAGUGAUUUAAGUUGUAAACUGGCAAAGGCUUCAGGUGAAAAUGAUGUUCUAUCCAAAAAGUUGGAUUCAGUUACAGCCCAGUAUCAGACCUCGAUAGCUGAGAUGAAAGAUCAAAUGAAAUCAGACUGUGAUGCUUUUGUCAAAAGUCAUGAAGAUAAAAUGAGAGAUUUUGUCAAAGAUAUGACAUCUACAAACCAAGAGCUCAAGGAAGCAGGGGAGAAACGUCGUGCACUGGAACAAACAAUUCUGGAACUGAACCAAAGACUGACUAUUCAGCAAGACAGCAAAGACAGAGUCAUUCUGGAGGCAAAGAUUGCACAAAUAGAGUCAGAACUUAAGCAGAAAACAGACUUACUGGAACAGGUUCGUAUGAACUGUCAGCAGACGAUGGAAGAAAGUGAGCAGUACUGGCGAUCACAGUUAACACAACUGGAGAGUGAGUACCAUAAGGCAACGGAGGAGCAGACUCAACAGUACCGUGACCAGUUGACGAGUCAGGAACAGAGCUUCCAAACACGAUGCCAGGCCCUCGUGCACGAAAAAGAGAUGAUUGCAGUCAGUCAGAAAGCAGCACUGCAAGAUCGAAUAACACACAUGGAGAAAAAAUUAGAAAAGAAACAAAACGAAUUAAUAGAUUUGGAUAAGAAACACAAAACAGAAAACUGUGCAAUUAUGGAAAAAAUGAAGUCAGACUAUCAGGCUAAAAUUGAUCAGAUUCAAGACUUGCUGACAUCAGAGACACAAAAUCAAAAAGAACUGGCAAAUAAAUUGCACAGUCAGCAAUCUAGGUGCGAUGAACUGGAAAAAGCUAUGAGAGAAAUGAAACUAAGUUGUGACGUCAGUAUGGCAAACCAGAGCACAAAUCACACUGAGGAACUGAACAGUCUCCGUCACGAGUUCAAAUCGAAGUUAUCAGAUUUUCAGCAGGAGAGUAGACAACUGCUGGAGCAGGAACAAAGCCGGACAGCAGCAGCUAAUAGUCAGUGUUCUGAACUGAGUAACAAGCUAGACGAGGCCACAAGGGAAAUCACGAAAUACAGGAGACAGGUUGAAAACAUGAAGGAAAACUCUGAGCUGACUUUACAACAGUGGCAAUUGAAGGUUGCCGAGGUGAAAGGUGCUAAGGAUGCAGAGGAGGAGGCACUUCGUGUAGAACUUUCCAGACUUGAGGAUCAGUGCUCAAAUACUAAUGCUGAGAUAAGUCAGUUAAAUGCCAGAAUAAAAGAAAUGGAAAGUAAAGAAGCCAAGUUACAGCAGACAAUAGACAACUAUCGUGUCCAUUACAACAAGAAGAAGGAAGUCAUUGAUCUUCUUAACAAAGAAGUUGAUGUAAACUUGAAGGUCGGCAAGGAGUUCCAGAAAAAGUCUCUCGACCUUUCCCAGGAGGUCAAAAGACUCAAGGGCAUUCUACAAACGGAAAAGACCCAACAGCAAGGCCUGGAGGAUAAGCUAGAAAAGGAGAAGGUCAACAACAAAACACUGUGCAAACAGGUGGUAGAACUGAAAGCUGAGCUAAAGGCUACAAACAAACAAGUGCAGACGUUGCGUACCCAACUAGACAUCACCAGCACCCAUUAUAUAGGCGACAACAGCGACUUUGUGAAGACCUGUUUAAACCAUAAAGACGAUGACAUGAUGAGCCAACGGCAAAGUAGUUCUUCGGAGGAGGAGGCACCCCGGAGACGAUCCUCUCGAAUUCGCCUGGCAAGCUUGGAUCAAAGUGUGAUCAGCACGGACUCUGGUCGUUCGAUUGCUUCUCUUCCAAGGGGUACAGCCAAAUUAUUUGCAAUGGAAGAUGAGCCUGCUGACUUAGAAUGGAAGAGGUUUAGUGAGCUUCAGAGGCGCAAUACACUUCAGCUGCCCCACAAUCGGACCACCUACCCUGUGGAGAUGCAGCAAUAUGGAGAGAACUCUGUCAGGGAAAGUCUAGCGUUUUCCACUGGUGGUUCACAGGGUAGUGGACGAAAGAGAAAGCAGGAGAGCUCCAGUGAUGAAGGAGAAUCAUCUAAACUGCAAUCAAGGCAUGGCAUUGCGUACCAGAAACCUGGUCCACCCACACCAGGUAACUCCAAUAGCAUGCGGAGAAACUCUAAGGGCACACCACGUUACAACCUUCGUUCACCUCGAACCCCAAUUGGUAACUCCAGAUCAAAACGAACACCAAAAAGAUCUGUCAAUGCUGAAAAUGAACCCACAUCCUUAAGAAAAUCAGCAAAGAAGUGGUUAAAUACUACUGCCUUCAACAUAAUGAAUACACCAAACAAGAAAAUGCGUGGGAACUCCGUCUCAUCAGCGACAAAAAGCGCUUCCAAGCUACAGCAAUUUUUUACAUGGGAUCUCGAAAGCCCCUAGGAAACAAAAACUUUUUACAGACCGGCGUUUAAACCAGUGUACAGAUGUGGUUGUGAUUGUAGCAAGCAACUAAUUACAAAUAUCUGUGUAAAGACUAGGUUGUGAAAGAAAUCAAACAUCAACCGUUAUCAGUCAGAGGUUUAAUGAGGACACAUAAUUUUAACAAACUUUUGGCUGGCUUGCUUGUGUUUGAAUUAUAUAGACUUUACGCUGAACAUACCUUUUAUUUAUUUUCGGAAUGAUUUAUAUUAAAAGAUUAAAAGAUGGAA